GAAAGAUAGUUCAUUCUAAUAUCGCUGCCACUUGAGGUUAACAGUUUCCUGGUCAGUGAUUUUCGCUGUGAUUCUAUUUAAAAAAAGGCAUCUUUUGGUUUCAUAUAAAGAGCAUAAGAUGCAGUCGGAGGAUGCACGCUAUCUGAAACGGAAAGUGAAGGGUGGUAGUCUGGACGUGCACCCUACAGAGAAAGCCCUGGUUGUUCAGUAUGAGGUGGAGGCGACCAUUCUCGGAGAGACCGGAGACGAGAUGCUGGGAGACCGCAAGAAGUGUCAGAAGAUUAUUCGUCUGAAGAGCCUGAAUACGAACACAGACGUUGCAGCCCUGGCCCGUAAGGUGGUUGAGGAGUGUAAACUCAUCCAUCCCUCCAAGCUGUCAGAGGUGGAGCAGCUGCUCUUCUAUCUACAGAACCGCAAGAAGGCCAACGGGAAAGCAGAGAAGAGAGUGGUGAAACCUAGAGACCUAACUCCAUUUGAAGGAAUGGAGAUAGAUGAGGAGGCUAACAUCAACAAGGUGGAAGAGUAUGUAGAGCUGCUGUAUGAAGGUAUGGAGGAGAAGGUGAAAGGGGCUACACUCAUCCUACACCUGGCCAGGAACCCUGUCAACCUGGAGGAACUACUAGAGAAUGAAACGGCUCUAGGAGCCCUGGCCAGAGUGCUGCGGGAGGACUGGAAGCAGAGUGUUGAGCUAGCCACCACCAUUAUCUAUGUUUUCUUCUGCUUCUCCAGUUUCUCCCAGUUCCAUGGGCUGGUGACCCACUAUAAAAUCGGAGCUCUGUGUAUGAAUGUCAUGGAACACGAACUGAAGAGAUACGACCUCUGGCAGGACGAACUGCAGAAGAAGACCAGGACAUGUGAAGACGACCCUGACAACCAGGCCUUGAGGAAGGAACAUGAGAAGGCCUUUAAGAAGUACCAGGGACUACUGGUGAAACAGGAGCAGCUGCUGAGAGUUGCUCUGUACCUGUUGUUGAACCUGGCUGAGGACACCAGGACAGAGCUGAAGAUGAGAAACAAGAACAUCGUCCACAUGCUGGUGAAGACCCUGGACCGGGAGAACGAGGAACUACUGGUGCUGGUGGUGUCCUUCCUCAAGAAACUCAGCAUCUUCCUGGAGAACAAGAACGAUAUG